AUGCGCUUCCGGACGCAGGCUUGGCCUGAGGAAGCUUCCACUGCUAUCACAUGCUUUACAAGAGGACUUGACCUUAGAAAAGAGACAGAAGAUGUCCUUUGCCCAGCAAACUGUCCUCUAUGGCAAUUUUAUGUCUUUGGGGAUGGAGUUUAUGCCUCUCUUUCCAGUAUCUGUGGAGCAGCAAUACACAGGGGGGUGAUCACCAAUGCAGGAGGAGCUGUAAGGGUACAGACUCUCCCGGGACAGGAAAACUACCCUGCUGUAAAUGCCAACGGGAUCCAGUCUCAGGUGCUCACUAGAUGGGCUUCGUCUUUCUCAGUGACUCGUACCAAGAACACAGCUCUUGAAGCACUUGGAAGAUCAACAUCAACAGCACGUCCUUCUACAGGUAAAAGACCUAAGAAGCCACUUGAUAAAAAGGCUGGAAACAAAGACUGUAAAGCUGAUAUAGCAUUUCUCAUUGAUGGAAGUUACAACAUUGGCCAACGUAGAUUUAAUUUGCAGAAAAACUUUGUUGGAAAAGUAGCUGUGAUGUUGGGAAUUGGAACGGAAGGGCCUCAUGUUGGAGUUGUACAAGCCAGUGAACAUCCAAAAAUUGAAUUUUAUCUGAAAAACUUCACUGCUGCGAAAGAAGUUUUGUUUGCAAUAAAGGAAUUAGGGUUCAGAGGAGGCAAUUCUAAUACAGGGAAAGCUUUGAAGCACACAGCUCAGAAAUUCUUCUCUUUGGAAAAUGGAGCACGCAAAGGAAUUCCCAAGAUCGUUGUAGUGUUCCUGGAUGGCUGGCCCUCAGAUGAUAUAGAAGAAGCUGGCAUAGUGGCCAGAGAAUUUGGAGUCAAUGUAUUCAUAGUAUCUGUAGCAAAACCCACAACAGAAGAGCUGGGAAUGGUACAAGACAUUGGUUUCAUUGACAAAGCUGUCUGUCGAAACAACGGCUUCUUCUCUUACCAAAUGCCCACUUGGUUUGGUACUACCAAAUACGUGAAACCUCUUGUCCAAAAAUUGUGUUCACAUGAGCAGAUGUUGUGUAGUAAGACGUGCUACAACUCUGUCAACAUUGGUUUCUUGAUAGAUGGUUCUAGCAGUGUUGGAGACAGCAACUUCCGCCUUGUGCUUGAAUUCAUCAGCAACGUUGCAAAGGCUUUUGAGGUCUCUGACAUUGGUUCCAAGAUUGCAGCUGUGCAGUUCACAUACGAUCAGCGUACAGAAUUCAGCUUCACAGACCACACCACAAAAGAAAAAGUCCUCUCAGCUAUCCGGAACAUUCGCUACAUGAGUGGUGGCACUGCUACUGGUGAUGCCAUUUCUUUCACAACCAGAAAUGUGUUUGGGCCAAUGAAAGAUGGACCUAACAAAAAUUUCCUCGUUGUUUUGACUGAUGGUCAGUCUUAUGAUGAUGUUAGAGGACCUGCUGCUGCUGCACAAAAAGCAGGAAUAACAGUCUUCUCUGUCGGUGUUGCCUGGGCACCUCUGGAUGAUCUGAAAGACAUGGCUUCUGAACCAAGAGAAUCUCAUACUUUCUUCACUAGGGAGUUCACAGGAUUGGAGCAGAUGGUUCCUGAUAUUAUUAGAGGCAUCUGUAAAGAUUUUUUGGACUCCAAGCAAUAAAGCAAAAAUCUGCUGUUGGAUAUUGCUACUUUGAAACUAAAAAAUCAUGAAACUGAAAUGGUCCCUCUAAAGUACAGAGGUUUUAUUCUUAUAUAUAUACUAUCAUAAUGCAAGGGAAGAAGGGCUACUUUUUGUUUCUGUAGUCAGUGAAGGAAUCUUGUGAGCUUCUUAGAAGUUGUGCUUAAAACUGGAAUGCAGGAUUGGGC